CAUUGAUGUUAUUAGGAAACACUAUAGCAUGCAGGUAGUCAGAAAGAUCUCUCCCAUGGCUCAUCAUCUACGAUGUUGUCUCAAAAGGGGCACAAUACUGUCAUCGUAAACUAUUGUACUAACUAUGUACAGGUUGUACAGUUAAUGAUGUCACAACUGCCGUAAAUGGGUGGUCCUCUCAGCUUCACAUGUGUUAACUACAGUAUAUAAAUCAGAAGCGUCAUGAACUACAAUCCCUUGCAUGUAACCAGAAAGCUGCUUCUCUCAUAUAUUCAGCCGUUAAACUAUUUAAAAUUACUUACUCAAACCUGGACCAGCAAUGGCAAUGAUAGCUACAAAGCUGCUUAUUUUUCUUUGUCUCUUCAGAAAACUUGGUUUAGCUGCUGCUCUGGUUAACUGUGUUUUUUGGGGUGAAGAGGAGAAAAACAGUUUGUAUGAAGAUGGAGAUGUAGUGAUAGGGGGCUUAUUCCCUCUACACUACAGCCCUGUCGCUUCUCUUUCAACAUACAAUACAAAACCAAUACCUACUAUGUACAAAUAUUUCAAUUCUCGUGCCUUGCGAUGGAUGCAAACCAUGACUUUUGCUAUCAAAGAGAUCAACCAGCGCAUUGACCUCCUGCCACAACUCAAGCUGGGGUUCAACAUUCUUGACAGCUGUGAUGAUGACAUUUCUGUGUCCCUGAGAGCAUCUUUACUGCUGGUGAACGGCCAGCCAGAGAGUUCUAACUCAGGCUGUGCUGCCGUUCAAAGGACUGUGUCCCCAGUAAUCAUAGGAGGUGCUGCCUCUGGAGUGUCUGUGGCUCUGCUGAGAAGCCUGGGUUCUUUCCAUAUCCCUCUGGUGAGCUACUUUGCCUCCUGCAGCUGUCUGAGUAACCAAAGGGAAUUCCCCUCAUUCAUGCGCACCAUGCCUAGUGAUGCCUUCCAGGUCAGAGCUCUGGCCCGGUUGUUUAGCUAUUUUGGCUGGACCUGGGUGGGAGUGAUUGGCAUGGAUACUGAUUACGGUCGCUUUGCCAUCCAGCUCUUCUUGCGGGAGUCAGUGCAGUAUGGUGUAUGUGCUGCCUACACUCAUCUCUACCCUAUUGUCCUCAGUCAGAAGGCUCUAGAUGAACUUCUGGAUGUUAUCCAGACAGCUUCUGCAAAGGUCAUCAUUAACUUCUCUGGUGAGACAGACAUGAACAGUAUUCUGAGAGAGAUUCGACAUCGUAAUAUCACUGGUCUGCAGUGGAUCGCCAGUGAGGCUUGGGCCACUGCCAAAUCACUCUGGGAAAAGUUUGGGGACCUCCUAAAGGGAACGCUUGGAUUCGCCAUUCGGAGAGCUGAUGUGAUUCCAGGGCUGAAACAACACCUCACUAGUCUCAGACCAUCCGACAUUCAUGAAUCAGCAUUCCUGGCAGAGUUUUGGGAAGAGAUAUUUAACUGUCGACUGAACGGAUCAGCGAACAGCCACUCUCACGGGGUCGACAGUUACCUUAACAGAUUGCCAUGUAAAGGGACAGAGGAUUUAAAUAAUAUUUACUCUCCUUAUUCCGAUGUGACACAGCUAAGAGUGUCCUAUAAUGUCUACAAGUCUGUGUAUCUGGUGGCCCAUGCUUUGCAAGACAUGAGUAACUGCAAAGUUGGACAGGGGCCUUUUCUUAAUGGUACCUGUGCAGACCCAAAAGAUUUUAAACCUUGGCAGCUCAUCUACUACAUGAAGCAUGCCAAUUUUUCUGCACUUGGGGAGAAAGUCAACUUUGAUCAAAACGGUGACCCCAUUGCUUAUUAUGAUCUUAUGAACUGGCAAAAGAGGCCUGAUGGCUCACUACAUUUGGUAAAAGUAGGUUUCUAUGACGCCUCCUCGCCUACUGGACGCAGUCUGGUCAUAAAUGACACAGUGAUACAGUGGCCUAUUGGGAAACAGGCCUCCCGCUCUGUAUGCAGUGAGAGUUGCCCUCCAGGCUCCCGCAUUGCCAGGAGAAAGGGGGAACCCAUCUGCUGUUUUGACUGUGUCCCCUGUGCUGAAGGGGAAGUUAGCAAUAAGACUGAUUCUUUAGAGUGCUCACGCUGCUCAAAGGACACGUGGCCCAAUCAAGCAAGAAAUCUCUGCAUCCCAAAGACGGUUGAGUUCCUGUCUUUCCAUGAGCUGAUGGGUGGUGUGCUUUGUGCUGUAUCCGUCCUUGGAGCUUGUAUUUCCCUCUCCAUCCUGGCCAUAUUCUUUACAUACAAAGACACACCACUUGUUCGGGCCAACAAUAUGGAACUGAGCUUCCUUCUCUUGCUGUUUCUUGCUGUCUGCUUCCUUGUUGGUCUGUUGUUCAUUGGUGAGCCUUCAGACUGGCUUUGCCGUAUCAGGUACCCAGCAUUUGGGAUCAGUUUUGCUCUGUGCAUUUCAUGUUUACUGGCCAAGACUAUAGUGGUUCUAAUGGCAUUUAGAUCCACGCUGCCAGGAAGCAAUGUCAUGAAAUGGUUUGGACCCAACCAGCAGAGAGCCAGUGCACUUUUAGGAACAGCAGUCCAGGUAAUAAUCUGUCUUAUCUGGCUGCUCACCAGUCCACCUCAUGCCAAUAACAACACAGGUUACCACAGUGCUAUCAUCAUCAUCGAGUGUGUUCCUGGUUCAGAGGUUUGCUUCUGGUGUGUUCUUGGAUACAUUGGCUUCCUGGCCUGCGUGUGUUUCCUGAUGGCAUUUUUGGCUCGGAAGCUACCAGAUAAUUUUAAUGAGGCAAAGUUCAUCACAUUCAGCAUGCUGAUAUUCUUUGCAGUCUGGAUUACUUUUAUCCCAGUUUAUGUGAGCACAGCUGGGAAAUACACAGUGGCUGUCCAUAUUUUUGCUAUCUUAGCUUCAGCUUUUGGUCUCAUUUUUUGCAUUUUUGUUCCCAAGUGCUACAUUAUCAUUCUGAAACCAGAAAGAAACUCCAAGAAAAACAUGAUGCAAAGAUGAAGAUGGAAGUAAAAUACAUGUGUUGAGUAAGAAUUUACAUGUGUGAGAAAGUCUUUUUAAUGCGAUAUUUGUGUGUUUUUUCAAUAAGGAUUCGUGAUGGAAAUAAAACUGCGAUAUAUAGAAAAUCGUUUUUAAAUGAUGUUGUCCUAAUGCAACCUAAAACAGCUUUUUUCUCAUUAGAAACACUCUGUGUAUUUAAAUUAGUUACAACUACCUAAAUACUAUUCUCUUCUUGAUUUAAAUUAUAUAUAACCUUCUAAUCUAGAGCUUUCUUCAGUGUAUCAUCAGUACGCUGCAGUCUAAAUAAAAUGGAACACCUCUUACAGAGUUAUAAGAGUUAUUUUUUUAUACAUUAUUUAUUUAAAGUAAAUAAUAAUAAAGUAAAUAAUAAU